GAGGAAUGGGGUUUUACACGAGGGUUUUAGUGCAGGGGAGGGUGGGUCGAGAAAAUUGGACCAUAUUUUCGAAUUUUGACAGUUCUCUACACCGAAAUUGCCGAUUCCGGUGGAAAUAACUUGCAUAUUUCUUCGCUCGCUGCGCCAAGCCAUUUGAAAAUGGCGAGUGCGCUGGCGUACAAGAAAAACUUCAAGGCCUCCGCGGCCUUGGAGUUGUUUUACACCGGGGGCCCUGUGGCACUGUCGCCCGAUGCGACGUCCGUAGCGUGUGCGUGCUCGGAUGAUAUCAAAAUAGUUGAUGUGGAAACUGGCAAAGUCACAGCCACAUUGAAAGGAGACUCGGAGCUCGUCACCGCGCUGUGCUUUGGUUCCGAUGGGAAGUCACUGUUGUCCGCUAGCCGGAGUCUGCAGGUCCGGCUGUGGGAUAUCAGUUCUGGGACUUGCCUGCGAUCUUGGAAGGCUCAUGACGCUCCUGUUGCAAAUAUGGUGUUGGAUUCUUCUGGUGGCCUCUUGGCCACAGCCAGUGCAGACAAGAGUGUGCUCGUGUGGGAUGUGGAUGGAGGGUUUUGCACACAUGCGUUUCGAGGACAUAAAGGCAUCGUAACGAGUGUUGUCUUUCACCCUGACACUAAACGACUAUUGCUCUUCUCAGCGAGUGAUGACGGCACUGUUCGAGUGUGGGACUUGUUGAAGAAAUCUUGCAUACAUAUCCUUGACAAGCAUUUUUCAGCGGUCACCAGCCUAGCGGUGUCCACGGACGGAUGGACCCUCUUGAGUGCGGGGAGAGACAAGGUGGUAAACGUUUGGGACCUGAAAUCGUUCGUUCUGAGGACAACUGUUCCUGUUUAUGAAACGCUGGAGGCCGUGUGCAUUGUACCUGAUGGCUGCGGAUUGCCAGGCAGUAGCGCAAAAGUGGGUGGUUCAGGAGUAAGAUUUCUUACUGUAGGGGAUCUCAGUGUUGUUCGCGUUUGGAAUUCGGAGGGUGCUUCUCUACUUUAUACCCAAAAAUCAUCCGUCGCUUCAAGUAGUAGCAAGAAUGACGAUUCAAAGGGAGGCAUAUUGUAUGCCACGGUGGCUCCUGGCGACCGAAUCAUGUGUGUCACUUCAGAUCAAUGUCUUCUCUUCUACGAAUCUGUUCCUGGAGAAGGUGGCGAUCCCGACUUCAAGCUGUCAAAACGCCUGAUUGGUUACAAUGAGGAGAUUAUUGACUUGAAGUAUGUCGGAGUCGAUUCCACUCGCCUUGCUGUAGCGACGAAUCUUGAGCAGGUUCGAAUCUACGAUAUGGAGUCCAUGGCUUGUUUACAAGAAUUGGUGGGACACACCGACAUUGUGUUGUGCCUAGAUACGUGCUUUACCAGCUCUGGACAGCCUCUCUUAGUCUCUUCUGGGAAAGACAAUUCGGCUCGGUUGUGGGAUCUGGAGACAGGAACAUGCAUGGGGAUAGCUACAGGGCAUAUGGCAGCUGUCGGGGCGGUUGUGUUUUCCAAGAAGAGAAAGAACUUUUUCGUCAGUGGAAGCAGUGACCGGACCAUUAAAUUAUGGCCCUUCGAAGCCAAUAUAAAUGAGCCCGGCGAACCUUCGAAGCUGACUUCUAAAGCUGUAGUUGCUGCCCAUGAUAAGGACAUAAACGCGCUUGCUGUCGCACCAAAUGACAGCCUGGUCUGCAGUGCUUCUCAGGACCGUACUGCGAAGGUGUGGAAGCUUCCUGAACUAACUCUUGUGAUUACGCUUGCUGGGCACAAAAGAGGCGUUUGGUGCGUCGAGUUCUCUCCCGUCGAUCAGUGUAUAAUGACUGGCUCAGGAGACAAAACUAUUCGAAUUUGGUCACUAUCAGAUGGAUCAUGUCUAAAAACCUUUGAAGGUCAUACCGCCAGUGUUCUGAAAGUGGGUUUCAUCACAAGAGGAACACAGAUAAUUUCAGCAGGUGCCGAUGGUUUAGUCAAGCUGUGGACAAUCAAGAAUAAUGAAUGCACCAAUACCUUUGAUAAUCAUGAAGAUAAGAUCUGGGCUCUAGCUGUGAGUGGUGAUGGAGAUAACAUUGCAACUGGAGGUGCAGAUUCUUUGGUUAACCUGUGGGUAGACUGUACCGUAGAGGACGAAGAGGAAUCCUACAGACAGGAGGAAGAGGAAGCUCUUAAAGACCAAGAUCUGGCCAAUGCGUUGAAAGAGACGAACUAUGUAAAAGCUGUCCAGUUGGCGUUUGAAUUGAAACGCCCUUACAGACUGCUCAAUGUUUUCGAGGAAGUGUACAGGAAUGAGGAUUCGACAACUCAGAUGCAAACCAUUCUUCAGGCAUUAGGAAAAGAGCAUCUUCGACUUCUAUUAGAGUAUAUCCGCGACUGGAACUCUAAGUCCAAGUUUUGCCACAUUGCCCAACGUGUGAUGUACAGCAUGUUCCAUGUAAUAUCUCCAAUUGACCUCAUUAAGGUCCCUGGUAUUCGUGAACUUUUAGAAGGCAUUCUUCCUUAUUCACAGCGACAUUUUAGUAGAAUAGAUAGGCUGACUAGAAGUACAUUUUUGCUGGACUUUGUCCUGUCAUCCAUGUCCUCACUCUUACCAUCUGAGGACAAACGUUUGCUCACUAUAGAGCCUGAAGUCGAACCUGAUAUCGAGCAUGCGACUUUUGAGCCUCCUUUAGACUCAGCUAACCGAAAGAGGGACGCAAUGCUGGAAGAGGUGGAUGCACAAUUAGAGCUGAUUGCUGCCAUGAAAGAGCAUGUUGACUCUAGGAUGAGUGACGCAGAAGUUGUACCCGAUGUUACCCCGGAAGUAGAGGUCUCAAGGAAGAAGAGAAGGAAGCAGAAACAUUAAGACGUACAAAAGAAUCAGUGUGAUGUUCCACGUGAUUGCGUUUCUUUGCGUUGAACUCUGGGUGUAGUCAUGAUGUUCCACAAGAUUGUUACGGAUGCAGGAUAUAUGGUUCUUAUAGAUAGAUCUUAGAUUAUGCACAUCUUUGCGGAGGUGAGGAAGAGCCAAUGUAAUAGGUAGAGCUCAAUGACUUAACAUUCGUUAGCCGAAGAAUUAUCGCAGGUGAAACUGUAGGGACCCAUUAUUUGUUCAAUAUCGGAGAAGGCCACUGCGAUCCAAUCGUCUGGUGCACGAAGUGAAGUCGGUGGAAGUUGUAUAAUAGGUAAUCUUUAAUGUUGCCAACCAACUCUGAGUCAUUGGCUGGCGAGGUUGAAGAAUCCGUUGUCAAGCGAGGCGAAGGUAAGAGACAAGACAACUAGUCACACCUUUCUUAGUUCGCUUUUUCAACGACGGUCUUAUAUAUGACCGUAUCCUCAUCUCUCUUUCUGCUAUAUACGGUCUUAUAUAAGACCGUAUGUAGCGGAAAGAGAGUUGAGAAUUGUAAUUUAUUCAAAUUUGGUGCUUCACCAGUGUAGAACAGUUGUCAGCGUGAAUCGUGUGUGAGUCUGCGAGGAUAAGUACUGAAGAGUAGGCCAUUUGAGUAGACAUAAGACACGAACUUUCUCAUCUGCCGAUACGAAUCGCUAAGAGCGUGGAUCAUCGCAGUGAUCGGAGCUGACAGAAAACCGGCAAAAAGGAUGUGAUCUUGCGUGUUUUUCAUCUUUGAAUCUGCCACGUUUGUGAUAUUGACAACUAUCUCGACAGGUUCGUGUAAAGCCCUUCUACAUAUCUAAAGAACGCGCUGGAUGCUUUUCUCUCGGCUACAUCACGUUAUCGUAGAAUUGGACAGAUCAGUCGUGAAUUGGGCCCGAACAUGUCUCAUUUGUCUCGAGGAACGAAGAGUGUGAUAUAUCACUUUAAAGGUUUGCAUAUCAUUAUUUGUACUGAACGAG